CCUGUCGCCCGUCAUGGAUUUUCAGUUCAAAGUCCCCGACCUGGUCCCCCAGGAUAUACUCCUUAUUCAAGAAAUUGUCGGCGUUGUCCCUCUGCCAAAAGCGGAUAUCUGGAAGGAUGUCCACAAGUCCGCAGACUCGAGCGAUGACUCUAUCGCAAGCUCGUCCAGCGAGAUUGACAGUGAGGACGAGGUUGAAGCCGAUUUAAUGGUUCCAGAGGAGGAAUCUUCCAACCUUACACCUGUUUUACCAGGAUCACCAGAGUCAGAACCAAGCUCAGAUUCUGAUUCCUCGGACUCGGAUUCUGAGUCAGACGAGGAUGAAACUGCUGAUAAAGCAGGAGAUAAAAAUGCGCAGGACCCUCGAAAACCACAGAUUGAUGUGGACGAUGACGAGGAGUCAGGCGCUACAGCUGUUGCAUCAUAUGUACAGACCAAAAAUGAGAUUGUCGAAACAGACAUCGUUGUCCCUUCUGUAUCAGAAGUCGGACCCGAAGAAGUAUUGGACAAAGUUGGCGAGGUGAUGAACAUUAUUGGGAAUGUAGUAAUUGUGAAAGGCCUUCCUGCUGACUCCUCCAGAGCUGCAUCUGAAAAGGCACUAGAUGUCGAGACAUUACUUGUCUUCGACGAUCGACAGGUUCUCGGACAUGUGUAUGAAACGUUCGGACCCACUUCCCAGCCCUUGUAUCAAAUAAAAUUUAACCAGAGCUACCCACUGGAUACUGAGAAGAUUCGAGUCGCUCGCGAAGUUUACCAUAUACCGCAACGAAGUAAUUUUGUCUUCACGGAAUACCUUCAAAAGCUUCGCGGCAGCGAUGCAAGUAACAUUCAUGAUGAGGAGCCCGGUGAAGAUGAAAUGGAGUUCUCGGAUGACGAACAAGAAGCCGCGUUCAAGCAGGCACGGAAGAAAAAACGUGGCAUGUCUGUGUCAUCGUCUCGACGGACAACACCUACGCCGUCGCAGUCUCACUACAACGAUGAUAUUGAUAACAUUUUCUACGGGGCAAACCCAUACGAUGCCCAUGGCCCAUAUGACGAUGGGUACCGGGUUGCCGGGCCGUCGCGUCCAGCGCCUAUCCCAUACGAUGACCCAUAUGCCGACGAGAUCAAGGUGGACAUUGUGAAAUAUGAAGAAGACUUGAGUGGUCCCUCUACUGAGGCUCGUCUGUCCGGUAGGGAACUAGAGAGAAACUUUGGAGACGGCAGAGGACGGGGCCGGUGGCGUGGUAGAGGUUACGAUAGAGGCGGAGGGGCCCGUGAUCGUGGAAGGGGUCGUGGGCAUGGGCGACCAGAUCGUGGACGACGUUCGUGGGGAGAAUCUAGAUGGUCUCAACAAAACCCUACAGCUUCUUCAAUGGAACCGUACAAUACAAGCACCUCUAUCCCCCUAUCGCCCGCACCUGACGAGAUAGAGCGCGGAACAAAUCAACCGGUCGGAAUCCCCGGCUAUUCUUCGCAGCCUUUCUCACCUUCACCAAUGUGGGGUUAUCCAUCAGGCGAUUUUCAAGUUCACCAAUUUGGACAACGACAGCAACAACAAUCUGUACAGCCGCACAUCAAUCCUCGAUUCGCGUCCGCUUUUGGAUUCAAUGGUCCUCCUGCAUGGUUUGAGAACCAAGAGGCUCGGUUCAACUCUUAUCAGGUACAACAGCCUUCUCAACCCUGGACGAAUCAGUGGUUGGUGCAUGGGCAGGAGUAUGAAAAUGCGGAAAGCGAUGCGUACACCCCGAUCUAGUAGACCCAUUCAUCCCUAUUCGGCGGGUUCCUUCAAUUCCAUACAUUUGACGGUAUUCUCACCGGAAUAAUACCUGUGAGCCUGUAAAGCACGAUCGUGCUAGCAUCGAAUAAAGCAGAUCGCUUGCCGAACUUUCCCACCCCGACACAAGCCAUGUGUGUACUUUGUCUGUGCUUCCUUCUAGCUUGUAUUGCAACGUGAUGAUUAUUAAAAUGCGCCCCACGUUCGCUCAGGGA